GAGCGGAGUGCAUUCCCACUUUCCCCUUUGAAACGGAGUUUGCAUCUUCGUUGCGCCCCUGUUCUCCUACUUUCCUGGAAUUCGCAACGCAAUGCCCGUGGUUUUGUUUUUUAUCCUCGCAGUGUCACAUUCUAUUGGUGCGGACCAUUUGACUUUCACUUUCAGUGAGAGCCACUGCUAAAACGACGAAAAACGAUUUAUGGAAAUCACCAGGCUGAUUUGCAAGGGAAACAAGCGCAUUUCCCUUUUGUGUUUCAACUUCCUUGCGCCAAAACAAAAUUUAAAUGACUUUUCUCCGGGAUUCUUUGAAGGCUGCACUUACACUAACGUUUCAACCGGAUAAAAAAAACCUUCAUUCACCGCGUGAGGGUUCGGUGGUUUUCGUUUGGUCCCCCAUAGUACGUGUGGCUCACCUCUCCGCCACGGCGCAUUAUUAGGAUACCGGGGGUGGGGCGACAGCAGCCUGUCCCGGUAAGGGGAGGAGAGAACAGGGAACAGAGGCGGUACUUUCUCCGCUGCUCGUUUCUCGGCGCUGGAGAGUGUGGGACCAGGGCUGGAGAGACCGCCGGGGAGCAUCAGCAAGAACCAGUCCAGCACGGAGCCUCGCCUGGCCGACCGCUGCGCCGUGCACUCUUCUUGGGGACUGCACAACAUUCCUGUGAAAUAUAACUGCUUUUAAUGGCAUGUGGCUUGUAACUUUACUUCUGCUGUAUUCUUUGCAAGAAGUCAACAGUGAGGAUGUUGUCUCUACUCGGCUGUACUUUGUGAACGCCUCCCUGCAGCGGGUGACCUUCUCCAGCUCGGUGGGGGUGUCCCUGCCCUGCCCUGCGGGCGGCGCCCCCCAUGCCGUCCUGCGCUGGUACCUGGCCGCCGGAGACGACAUUUACGACGUGCCCCAUAUCCGCCACGUGCAUGCCAACGGCACCCUCCAGCUCUACCCUUUCUCUCCCUCCGCCUAUAACAGCAUUAUCCACGACAACGAGUACUUCUGCACGGCUGAGAACCAAGCAGGCAAGAUUCGAAGCCCCAGCAUCCACAUCAAAGCAGUGUUCAGGGAGCCCUAUACAGUCCGCGUGGCCGACCAGCGCUCCAUGCGGGGUAAUGUUGCCGUGUUCAAGUGCCUCAUCCCCUCAGCCGUCCAGGAGUACGUCAGUGUCGUGUCCUGGGAGAAAGACACCGUCUCCAUCGUCCCCGGUAACCGCUUCUUCCUGACCUCCUUUGGUGCUUUGUAUAUCUCAGAAGUGCAGAAGGAAGACGCCCUGUCCACCUAUCGCUGCAUCACAAAGCACAAGUACAGUGGAGAGACUCGCCAGAGCAAUGGAGCCAGGCUCUCUGUUAUGGACCCUACGGAGUCCACCCCGACAGUACUGGACAACUUCCAGUCCGGUGAGGUGCAGGUGGGGCACAGCGUGGAGCUGCCCUGCAUCGCCUCCGGAUAUCCGAACCCAACCAUCCGGUGGCUAAAAGACGGUCGGCCAUUACCCGCAGACUCCCGCUGGACACGGCGCAUCACUGGCCUCACCGUUUCCGACCUGAGGCUCGAGGACAGCGGCAACUACAUCUGUGAGGUCACCAACAGCUUUGGCUCCAAAGAGGUGACGGGUCACCUCAAUGUUAUUGAGCCGCUGCGCGUCACCUUGUCUCCCAAGAACCUGAAGACGGGGAUCAGCAGCACAGUCAUCCUCUCCUGCGCCGUCCAAGGUUCCCCCCACUUCAUUGUGUCCUGGUAUCGAAACACAGAACCUGUCCUGCCCGAUCAGCACUUUUCCAUCCAGGGAGCUCACAAUGAGACACUGUUCAUCUCAGCUGCACAAAAGAGACACUCUGGGGCUUAUCAGUGCUUUGCAACGCGCAAGGGGCAGACGGCCCAAGACUUCUCCAUCAUACUGCUAGAAGAUGGGACACCUCGUAUCGUCACCUCCUUCAGCGAGAGGGUGGUGGUGCCGGGCGAGCCGUUCUCCCUGAUGUGUGCUGCCAAGGGAGCGCCACCGCCCACCAUCACCUGGACCCUGGACGACGAGCCCGUGGCCCGGGACCUGUCGCGCGUCCGGGCCAGCCAGUACGCGCUCUCCGACGGCAGCACCGUGAGCCACGUCAACGUCAGCAGCCCGCAGAUCCGUGAUGGAGGAGUGUAUCGGUGCGCCGCACGAAACUCAGCCGGUAGUGCUGAGUACCAAGCGCGCAUAAACGUAAGAGGUCCUCCGAGGAUUCGGCCCAUGAAGAACAUCACUGCAGUGGCAGGAAGAAACACUUUCAUAAACUGCCGUGUGAUUGGGUAUCCUUAUUACUCAAUUAACUGGUACAAGGAAGGACUUCUGCUGCCUGACAACCAUCGCCAGGUGGUGUAUGAGAACGGGACUCUAAAGCUCAGCGAUGUGCAGAAGGGGAUGGACGAGGGGGCCUACGUCUGCAGCGUGCUGAUCCAACCGCAGCUGUUCAUCACGCAGACUGUUUAUGUCACUGUCAAAGUUCCUCCGCUGAUCCAGCCGUUUGACUUUCCACCGACUUCCAUCGGCAAAUUGAUGUACAUCGCCUGCGUGGUGUCGUCUGGAGAUAUGCCCAUACGCAUCACGUGGCGCAAGGACGGCCAGGAGAUCGUGCCCUCCUCGGGCAUCACCAUCGACACGAAGGAGUUCAUGAGCUCCCUCCAGAUAUCCAAGGUGUCGCUCAAACACAAUGGCAACUACACCUGCAUUGCCAGCAACGAUGCUGCUACUGUCAGCACAGAGAGGCAGCUCACAGUCACAGUGCCCCCUCGGUUUGUGGUGCAGCCCAACAACCAGGAUGGGAUCUAUGGGAAGGCGGGGAUCCUAAACUGUUCUGUUGAUGGAUACCCUCCUCCUAAGGUCAUGUGGAAGCAUGCCAAAGGUGCACUAGCGGGUAUUGGGAACCCACAGCAGUACCACCCUGUGCCUCUGACGGGUCGUAUUCAGAUCAUGAAUAAUGGCUCUCUGCUCAUCAGACAUGUCCUGGAAGAGGAUCGGGGCUUCUACCUCUGUCAGGCCUCCAACGGGGUGGGCUCAGAUAUCAGCAAGAGCAUGGUCCUCACCGUUAAGAUCCCAGCGAUGAUCACCAGUCACCCCAACACCACCAUGGCUAAGAAGGGCCACGUGAAGGAGCUGAACUGCACAGCCAGGGGAGAGUGGCCCAUCAUCAUCCGCUGGGAAAGAGGCGAUACGGUCAUUGACCCUGACCGCAACCCCCGAUACUCCAUUACCACCAGUCCCAAUGAAAAGACUGACGAAGUGUUGUCUACACUCAAGCUAAAGCCAGCAGAGCGUGAGGAUUCAGUCUUCUUCUCCUGUCAUGCCAUCAACUCUUACGGAGAAGGACGAGGCCUUAUCCAGCUCACUGUGCAAGAACCUCCUGACCCUCCAGAGCUGGAGGUGAGGGAAGUCAAAGAUCGUAGUAUGAAUCUCAGGUGGACGCAGAGGUUUGAUGGAAACAGCGUCAUUACGUCCUAUGAUAUAGAAUAUAAGAACAAGACGGAUUCCUGGGAGCUGAAGCAUGCCACUCGGAACAUCUCUCCCACCAACAAUCAGGCCAACAUAGUGGAUCUCCACCCUGCUUCCGUCUACAGCAUCCGCAUGUACUCCUAUAAUUCAAUAGGCAAGAGCGAGGCCAGUAAGGAGCUCACCAUCAGCACAGAGGAAGCACAGCCUGAUGGUCCUCCAAUGGAAGUCAUCCUACAGCCAGUGACCUCUCAGAGUAUCCGAGUCACCUGGAAGGCUCCUAGGAAGGAGCUGCAGAAUGGGGUGAUCCGGGGUUACCAGAUUGGUUACAGAGAGAACGGCCCAGGCAGUAAUGGCCAGUACAGCAUUGUGGAGAUGAAAGCCACCGGAGACAGUGAGGUCUACACGCUGGACAAUCUGAAGAAGUUUGCCCAGUACGGUGUCGUUGUCCAGGCUUUUAACAGAGCUGGCACAGGGCCUUCAAGUUCAGAGAUCAAUGCUACAACACUGGAAGAUGUGCCCAGUCAGCCUCCUCAGAACGUGCGAGCCAUCUCCGUGACAUCUGACGAAGCGGUGAUCACGUGGGCCGAGCCUCCUAGAAUGACACUGCACGGCGUAUUGAAAGGGUAUCGCGUCGUGUUUUGGGCCGUCUUUCCUGACGGAGAGUGGGGCGAAAUGCAAAACAUCACAACCAUGAAGGAGCAGGUGGAGCUCAGAGGCCUGGAGAAGUUCACCAACUACAGUAUCCAGGUUCUCGCCUACACCCAAGCUGGGGACGGCGUCAGGAGCAAUGUCCUGUAUAUUCAAACCCGCGAAGACUACCCCGGACCCCCAGCUGGCAUCAAAGCUGUGCCCUCCUCUGCCAGCAGUGUCGUGGUGUCGUGGUUACCCCCUCACAAGCCAAAUGGAAUCAUCCGCAAGUACACCAUCUACUGCUCCAGCCCCGGGUCAGGCCAACCACUGCCAAGCGAGUAUGAAGCCAACCCAGAGCUGCUGUUUUACCGAAUCACCCACCUCAACCACCGGCAGCAGUACCUGAUCUGGGCUGCAGCAGUCACCACUGCAGGCCGGGGCAACUUCAGCGAUAAGGUCACUGUGGAGCCAGCAGCCAAAGCGCCAGCAAAAAUCCUGUCAUUUGGGGGUACGGUGACUACUCCUUGGAUGAAAGAGGUGCGACUGCCAUGUAGCUCAGUAGGAGAACCUACACCUACUAUAAAAUGGACCAAAGACAGUGAGGACACAGCCAUUCCAGUGUCUCUAGAUGGACAGCGUCUCAUCCUGGCCAACGGGACGUUGGUGCUGCGCUCUGUCAAAGCUGAAGAUUCUGGUUACUACACCUGCACGGCCACCAACACGCUGGGCUUCGACACGAUUAUCGUCAACCUUUUGGUACAAGUCCCUCCCGACCAACCUCGUCUCACCGUCUCCACCACCUCCACCUCCUCGAUCACUCUGGCCUGGAUACCAGGAGACAACGGAGGUAGCUCUAUCAGAGGUUUUGUGCUGCAGUACUCUGUAGACAACACAGAGGAAUGGAAGGAUGUCUUCAUCAGUUCAAGCGAGCGCUCCUUCAAAUUGGACAACCUUCGCUGUGGAACCUGGUAUAAGGUCAAGCUGGCUGCCAAGAACAGCGUUGGAGCCGGACGCAUCAGUGAAAUCAUCGAGGCAAAGACCCACGGACGAGAGCCCCAGUUCAACAAGGAUCAGCCCGUCUUCACCCACAUUAACUCCAGCCACGCCCGCCUUAACCUGCAGGGUUGGGCCAGCGGAGGCUGUCCAAUCAGCGCCGUCACACUGGAGUUUAGGCCAAAAGGUACGUGGUCAUGGCAGAGUGUGCGUACCAAUGCCACCACAGAUGUGUUCCUGGCAGAACUACGCGAGGCCACCUGGUACGAGCUGAAGAUGAAAGCGUGUAACAGCGCAGGCUGUGGCAACCAGAGCUCCCAAUUUGCAACACUGGACUAUGAUGGCAGCACAAUUCCUCCAAUUAAAUCUCCCCUGGAAAAGAAUGACGACGUCAAGAAGCUGUUUUCUAUUGGCUGCCCUGUGAUCUUAGUGACUCUCGGAGUCGCGCUGCUCUUCAUAAUUCGGAAGAAACGCAAAGAAAAGAGGCUGAAGAGACUAAGAGAUGCCAAAAGCCUGGCAGAGAUGCUGAUCAGUAAAAACAACCGCAGCUUUGACACCCCAGUUAAAGGACCUCCUCAGGGCCCACGGUUACACAUCGACAUCCCCAGAGUGCAGCUGCUAAUUGAGGACAAAGAAGGCAUCAAGCAAAUUGGUGAGGACAAGGCCACGAUCCCGGUGACAGACACGGAGUUCAACCAGACUGGAAACCCUCAGAGCUUCUGCACCGGUGUCUCGGUCCAUCACCCAGCCCUCAUCCAGAACACAGGUCCUUUGAUUGACAUGUCUGACAUCAGACCAGGAACCAACCCAGUGUCGAGGAAGAGCGUUAAGUCAGCCCACAGCAUCAGGAACCGUUACUCCAGUCAGUGGACUCUGACCAAGUGCCAGGCCUCAACGCCAGCCCGCACUCUCACCUCAGACUGGCGCACAGUUGGCUCCCAGCACGGCAUCACCGUCACCGAGAGUGACAGCUACAGUGCCAGCCUCUCACAGGACACAGAUAAGGGGCGCAACAGCAUGGUGUCGACAGAGAGCGCCUCCUCCACCUACGAGGAGCUGGCGAGAGCGUAUGAGCACGCCAAGCUGGAAGAACACCUGCAACAUGCCAAAUUUGAGAUUACAGAGUGCUUUAUCUCAGACAGCUCCUCUGAUCAGAUGACCACGGGUACCAAUGACAAUGCAGACAGCAUGACGUCUAUGAGCACACCGUCCGAGCCCGGUAUCUGCCGUUUCACUGCCUCGCCACCCAAACCACAAGAUUACGACCGUGGCAAGAAUGUAGCCGUGCCCAUUCCACACCGCGCCAAGAGUGAUUACUGCAACUUACCCCUCUACAUGAAGUCAGAUCCUUUUUUCCGAAAGCAGUCAGAGCAUCACGAUCCAUGCCCAGUGGUUCCACCACGUGAAGCCUCUAUUCGUGGCCUGGCCCAACGGGCAUACCACACCCAGGGCCGUCAUGUGACUAUGGACUCUGCAAAGCAGCAGGCCCUAACGAUGGGCCACUCUGGCCUGUCCAACCUCACUUCCUCCGGGGCUUCCUCUGGAGGAGCAACAGGAGGUGGCGGUGGAGGUAGUGGGGGGCUGUCUGCUAGCUCCAGCAGCUCCACACUUCCCCAGAGGACUCUCACAAUGCCCGGCUCCUCUGCCGCAGUGGCCCAGAGCGCAGCAGCGGCUGCCGCCGCCACCGCUGCAGCUUCCGGGGCAUCAUCAUCCUCCGGUGGAGGUGGGGCAGUUGGGGCCACGGGAGGGACCCCUGGAGGUGCCUCCUCGUCUUCCUCCAAGAUGGGAGGAUCCAGAGACUCUCUCCUGGAGAGCAGCUCCUCGGGCUUAGGCAGACUACAGAAGCAGAGGGAUGGAGGGGCAGGGGCCUACUCAAAGUCCUACACGCUGGUGUAGCCUGCCAUCACCGCGGCCUGUCACUGUAACUCUUAACAGAAUGCUGGUAAAGCCAGCGCUUUCCUGGAGCCUCUAUGGGAAAUCGGGGUGAGGAACAUACACAUUCACAGCUUACCCGUCAGUGCCUGCGCUGUGCCAGGCUGCAGGGGGGCUGGAUGGGUUCCCAUUGACACUAUUGUAUGAAGGGUUCAGAGGUGGGUCUCCACAGCACAGGGGUUUGCCUUUCUUUCUGCCUGAUUGCUUUCUGUUAUAAUUGUGUCAUUUCUCUCUCUUAUUUCAUCACCCAGGAAAUCACUUUGCCAAAACAUAAAUGAUUUAUCUAUUCACUCCAUACUUUCAUUUUCCGGCUAAGGACAAAGUACUUAUGCACAAAAUGCUUUCCACAUGCACUGUCUUGUUUUCUGGAUCAAGACAGUCUUAGAAUGAACCAGAUUGUGUGUUAAGGUUUCUAGGUUUUUAAAUAAGUUACUUUUUUUUUUUUUUUUUUCUGGCCUCUGAUGGGAAAGGAGCUCAUAUCACAGCAUUGUGCCGUGGCAGGAUGCUUUUACUGUAUGCAUAAACCACCAGCCUUGGUGCCACACCGGCUCCGAGAGGUUACUCCACCGUGGAUUCAUAUGUUAGAGGCAGUGGGAGGACUGUCGUCUCAAUAUCAGUUUUGAGACAGGGGGAAUCUUCUUAUACAUGCAAUGGAUGACACAGCGUAGUGGUCUUAAUUGAUGCUUUUACAAACAGACUCACAGCAGAGAAGAAAAAUGUCGAGCAUCGUCAAGUUGAUGAAUCUGAGCAUUAUUAUUUUUUUUUCUCUCUCUCUCAUCAGCUUCCUGUUUAUUUUCAGAUGAUGGAAAUAUAAUCACAUGUGCACUAAGAAAACGUUAGAACGGAUCCAAGUAACAACAGAGAAUUUCACAAGCCUGCGUGUGCGUGCGUGUGGGUGUGGGUGUAUAUGUGUAAAUAUGUAUGUAUUCAAGUGGCAGGCACACACCAACAGUGGACCUUUUUAAAAAUCAAUCUGUAUGCUGACUUCUCGGGCAGAUGUCUGUGUCCAAACUGAACCCCUCCUCCCCCCCUCCCCCACUCCACUGUUGGGUUACACUGUUACACUAUUUUGUAACCGUGAAAGGGGACGUGGGACAGUGGUGAUGAUGAUGAUGAUGAUGCUGACGAUGAGACGCGAUGAUCCUGGUCCAGCAUUUUUCAACUUUGUUUUAUUAACUGUGAUUGACAGUAUGGUUUAGGAAAUGAAAAACAGCUGCAGCGGGUUAAAGAGACAAGAGCAAUUGCAGAUGAUAUGAAAUAGGUUCUUUGUUUUCUCUCUUUAGCUUCCUCACAUUAAAUAAGGAAGAGUCCUUUUUUAUGAUUCAUCAUGGUGCCACAAUACCAUAACUCCAUUGUUUGAUCUCAUUUCCCCUGCACCCCCUAUAUCCCUUUCUGUCCCUUUUCCACCUUCACCUCUACCCACCCAGUCUCCCAUCAUAUCCAUACACCAUCACUGUGACCUGCUGCUAGCGUACCGGCUAGCCAAAAAGACAAGACACACUGAGAGAAGAGGUCUAAUAUGCACAGACGGGCAGAAAAGCUAUUUGACGUUCAGCUGGCAACUUGAAUGGAGCAACGAGUUGUAAACAUACAGCAAAUCUAUAGAGAUGUAUAAGAAAAGAUCUUACUUGUGUGAUGUUAAAUUUAUGAACGUACGGUGACUUUUAAGAUCAGAGCGAUCGAGUGUUAGUAGGAUUUGAAGUCGAGUAGCAGAGAGGUACAAUUUUGCUUCAGAAUUAAGUGGUCUUCAAAACUAAAAGAAGUCUUUUUAAGUCCCUCCACCUCACUGAAAUUGAUUUUAGCUUUAUGCAUGGUACUGUAUCUCUUUUGUUUCUUUUCUUCAUUUCUUCUCCCAAAGCUUAAUCCCAUAACAAAGAUCGUUCCAAAAAAAAGAAAAGAAGAGUUGCUCCAAAUGUAUUGCGAUGGCAAUACAUAACAUCAGGGCUCUCGCAAUAGAAAAAAAAAAGAAAAAAAAAGAUAUCAUAUAUGUUUGUUUUCAAAAGUAUGUACAUAUAUAUUUCUAUUCAAAUAUAUAGCAAAUAUAUGAAUAUUGAAAAAAAACAGAGAAAUAUAAAAAGCCGUUCUAAUUGAAAAUAUAUAUAAAAGAUCACAAGACAAUCGCUCAGAGUGAAAAGUAAAAGAAGAAAACGAAGAGGGAAGCUUAAACGGGUAGCACAACCAUGGACAGAAGAUCUCGGAGAGAAAGGAAGCGGUGUGCAAGAAAGUUAAAUGGUGAAACUGAAGUUUGAGGAAUGAUCCAACGACUCCCUUGUGAUUUUGUAAAUGUUCCGACUGCGGCGCCUGUGCGGCAGGUGGCAGCCGGAAGGACAAGCACAGUAAAGUCAAAAAUAUAGUGUGAGAUUGUGUCGCUGGUUAACUGUGGUCUAUGGCUCAGUGCAGAAAGUGUGGUGUUGAAAAAGAAAACAGUAAAACAAGGUCAGACUAUACAGUAAGUGAGCCUCUUGUAUUAUGUUGUAUUGUACCUUCCAAAGGUGUGUUCACAAACUCAAUGCCAUUACCUAUAAUGAAUGAAGACACGCAGACCGACAAGUGUCUCUGUUUCUUAUCUGUGUCACGACAAGUCUGCCACAGACUCCCAUGACUGUGGCCCAAUGAACAUACAACACGGUAAAAAUUAAACCUGCUAAUAAAUGUAUCCAUGCUCCUUUUUAUUUUAAAACUACAAAGCAUAGACAUGUAUUUGGUUUUCAUUGCUGAUGAUUCAUUUUGGCCUUUGUGUUCCAAGUUAUGCAAAUACUUGUCUUCAGAAAAAAAGAAAAAAAAAAACUUUAGGAAUGGGGCAGACCUGUUUUUGCAACCAAAAACAGGAGCUUCCUCACUCCAGUUGUAUGGAUAUUGGUUGGAGUGACGAAAUAAACCAUCCGUCCAACCUGAUUUCCCCGGUUCUUCAGGUGAAGUUGAUUCCACUGCACAACACUGAUCUUCUGUCGGUUUGUUCAAAGCAAAUGUCUGUCUUUAAAGGAAACUCCACCAGGGAUUCUGUGUCCAUUAUAAACCAGCAAUGUUUCCAGAAAAGAAAUGAGGAUUUGAUUUGUUUUUUUUUUGCAAAAUAUACACUAAUAUAGAAGUAUUUGGUGAGCGUUUUCAUAUUUUUUAUCUUCUAAAAUAUUAGAAAGGUCCAAAUUGUACUUUUUAGUUGUGAGGAUCCUCCUGCUACUAUGAAAGCUAUAAAUCAAACAACAUUGAUAGUUGCCUUCAAGAGCAAAUUGCAAACCACACUACUAAAGUGUGAACUGCAAACCAUACUGUAGUAUAAUAUUAACUGGCUUAAUGAAGGAAACCCGAAAAAAUGAAACAAGCUUAAAGUGAUUUUUUGUAAAUAUGUGUGUGUCAUUGUAGACUUAAGAAUUUACUCCCAAAAAUCAAAUGACACAGACUUUUUUUUAUUCGUACUGAUCCCAGCUAAUUUCUUGGCCUAGUGUCUAGUGUCAACUUUUCUUUCUUUGGUGGAUUUUUCCUUAAAGUGCAACAUUCUUUCAAACGGACACAUGCCUGUGUUUGCAAGGCCAACUUCACACGUUCCACUUUCCCCAACCUUUUCCCAUAUCCGCCAACCAAUCAGAACCCCCCCCCCCCUCCCCCGCCGCCCCCCGUCCUCACUGUACCCGUUAGCCCACCUAUACAGCAUAAUUUCUAGUCCAUAAUUGCAGACUUGUGUACAUAGGAAAGUGUUUUGUAUAAAUGAGUACUAUUUUCGACAUCUUCACUAGAAACCAGGGCACAAUGUAAACUUUGAACUAAAGUUAUUGUAAUGAAACAGAAGAGGACUUAAUGAAAAACUAUAGAAUUAUACAGACACUGCUUUAUCUUGAUUUAUGGACCAGUUAAAACAUGUCUGAGUGGACCAUGCAUAGUAAACAAUAUUGUUUUCUUCUUUUACAGGGCAUUUAGUUGAGUUGUCUCCUUUUUUAUAUUAUUAUUUUUUAUUUUUAAGUUUUUACUUUGUCACAAGUUGCUUGAUUUGAAGAUUUUUUAUUUUUUUUUUUGAAGAUUAUUCCACCGCUUGAGGGAGGGGCAGCCGCACUGCAUGUUCUGAAAAUUUUGCUGGUUAUAAAAGAAACAGGGACAUGGUGAAUUGAACACUUUAAAAAGGGGGGUUAACGAAAACAUUUUAAAAAUCUAGGGGUUGUUCCUUAAACUUUUAUGGGGAAACGUUGCUUCAAUUUGCAAAUGCUUGUGUUUAACUCUACAUUUUUUUCUAUGAAAUCAAACAAAAAAAAAACGGGAAAAAAGAGUACUCAACACCUUGUGCAAUAAAGCUAUCUUUUUAUAAACUGCGA